CGUCUGGUGGCACCCCCGGCGACGGAUGAGCGGCCGAAGCAACACGAGCGGGUACUCUUCGAGGAUGGAUAACCCUCCCAAGCACUCGGAGGCCGUCUCUCCGUCGAGAAAACGCCGCCUCAAUCCCCAGCACUCGGUCACGCGGCGGCAGUCCAUCCACGACCUUGUCACCAUGACUGUCGUUCCCCAACUCGAGCACAUCAAGGACCCGCGAUCGAGAGGCCUCCUCUUCCUCGUCCGAAACAGCGGUGAGUCCAGACGGGACUUUACCCUGCGCAACCUCGAGCAGUCGAAUGCUGGACACCUCGUCGACAUGUUCAUGGUGUUUCUCAGCCUCUUCUGGGUCGCAGUCUACAUCUACGUCAACAAAAACGUGGCCAACCCGAAGCUCCCCACCGAGGUGCAAGUCCUCAGCCACACGCUUGGCGUAGUCUUCCUCCUCGACUACUUGGUCAGGCUGUACGCGUCCCCGCUUCGAGUGAGCCACUUUUGGAGCUUCUUUCCGCUCGUCGAUUUCAUCUCGCUCGUGCCGAUGGUGAUUGAGAUUGUCGUCGGAAACGACGUGCUCACACACAUCAGCAAGCAAACGGACUCGCUGCGACAAGUCGCGUCCAUGCUCCAGGCAGCCAAGACGAUCCGCAUUCUCCGCGCGUACCGCGCGCUCAAGUUUAUCAAGAGCACUGUGAACCGCCAAAUGGCCGCGACGGGGCUCACCGUUGUGUGCAUUAUCAUUGCCAUGGCCGGCAUCCUUCAAAUCCUCGACCAGUGCUCCCCCGCUUGCGACAACUUUAUGUUUUGCUCGUCCGACUUUUCCGCGUACGAGUGCCCGCGCAGCGCGGCGUGUUACGAGGCCGACGUCGUGCACAAUUGCUGCAAGUGCCAAGAGCUGUCGUUCUUUGACUGGACGUACUUUGUCGUGGUGUCGAUAUCGACGUUGGGGUACGGCGACAUUUCGCCGCGCGGCCGCCUCGCGCGCCUCGCCACGUCCACGAUGAUGCUCAUGACGUUUGUGCUUGUACCGAUUCAAAUCAACCGCCUCGUCGCGACGAUCUCGACCCAUUCGGGGUACACGUCGUCGUACAAGGAGCACCGAACGCACACGCACGGGAUCAUUACGGCCGGCGGCGACAUCUCGGCCGGGACGCUCGCCAACUUUUUGCGGCAGUUUUUCCACCCGAACAACCCCAACUGGAACGAAAAGAUUGUGAUUUUGCACCCGACCGCGCCGUCCAACGACGUCCAGCGCGUGAUCCACAUGCACGAGCCACGCGUGCAGUACAUUGUCGGGUCGGCCAUGAAUGACCUCGACCUCGAUCGCGCGAUGAUCUCCAAGGCCGCGGUCUGCUACGUGCUCGUGAACAAGGACACGUCGCGUCCGAGCAACGAAGACCAAAGCUGCACGCUGCUCACGGCAGCAUUUCGAGGGAUGAAUGCGGCCGUCCCGGUGUACAGCCAAGUGUUUAUGAGCCAGAACAUCAGCCACUGCGUCUUGUCCGGCGCGACCGGCGUCAUUUGCGUCGAGAAGCUCAAGCUCGGCGUCCUCGGGCUCAACUGCACCGUGUGGGGCCUCUCGACGCUGCUGUCCAACCUCCUCGACACCGUGUCACCGUCCGUCACCCAGCUGUACCCCAAGGACUCAUGGGAGACUGCGUACUUGAAAGGGUACCUCCACGAAAUCCACCGCGUGGACAUUCCUCGGUCGUUUUCGGGGCUCACAUACCGCGACCUCAUUUUGUUUUUGUUUGGGACGCUCCAAGUCAUCCCGAUCGCGAUGCUCACGGACAAAGGCGUGUCGUUCGCCCCGAUGGACUUUAAACUGGGCGCGACAGCCGACCCGACCAUUUGCUGCACGCUGUACAUCCUGGCGCCGUACGUGACGGUGGCCGACCAGAUCGCCGAGUACCCCCUCGAGCAAAUUCGGUUGUUUCGACAGACGCUGCGCAAGCAAGAGCGGCAUGUCGCCGAGCGAAACGAAGCCGCGGCGCUCGAAAGUGCCGCGGCGGUGCCGCCCCCAUCUGUGCCGUCCGCGCCGCUGCAUGUUCCGAACGGGCAUGACGAAGACGCGACCAAGGCGUCGACCGCGUCGACGGCGUUUUCCGCCCUCGCCAAGGGCCUCCACGGCGUCAAGCACGCAUUUGGUCAAGCCUCGCCCUACAAAGAGUUUAUGGCCAAACUGUUGCCAGAACAACUCAACGACCACGUUGUCAUCGUGGGGCUUCCCGCGUCGCUCGGCGACAUCAUCGUGCCGCUGCGGCAAUUCAAUGCCCGCAACACGUGCGGCAAGGCGCAAGCAAUUGUGUUCAUUGCGCCAUUUGCCAUGUCGGAGCACCACUACCACAGCAUAGGCGACAGCACAGCCGUCUACUUUGUCCAGGGAUCGCCCCUCAGCUCGUUUGACCUCCACCGCAUCCACAUCGACACGGCGUCCGCCAUCAUUAUCCUCGCCGGCUCCGGCUCCAAGCGCAAGUACAUUGACGAAAACAUGGUCGACGCCGAUGCGAUCACGACCGUGCGGUACAUCAACGAGGCGUGUUCCGGGUCGAAGCCGCCCAACUUGAUCGUGGAGCUCGUCAAAGCGACCAACGUCAAGUUUAUGAGUUCGAUUGUCAAGCGCCACAUGAACCACCACCGCCGACGCCACAGCGACGGCCGUCAUACUCGCGUGGUCGGGACCGUCACCGCGCACAAGUACAUGCCAACCGACGCCGCGCCGCCGCCGCGACCAGGAGAUGGAGGACCGACCCCAAACAAGGUCGAGAACGAAGACAAGAUCGACGUCGAGCACAUUUGCGAGCCGUCGUAUGCCUCGGGUCGCGUGUACGUGAGCGGGAUGAUCGAUUCCCUCAUGAGCGAAUGCUAUCAAAAGCCCAACAUCAUCCCGGCCAUCAACUUGCUCAUGUUUGGCAGUCCAACCGAUCCAGAGUACGUCGUCGUUGUCGUCCAUGUGUUGGGAUGCCGUCACGGACGCGGCGGUAGCGCCCAGCGCUUGUUUCAAGUCCGCACGCCCAAGUCGCUGCAUGGCAAGACAUUUGGCGAGUGUUUUCGCAAAGUGCUGGCGCUCAACUUGAUUUGCAUCGGGUGUUUACACUCGAGCACGGACAAGACGCCGCCAUACGUCCACACAAACCCGCCCGCCGACAUGAUCAUCUACCAAACGGACUACAUCUACGUCAUCGGCAAGCCAUGCAGCGACCUCCCGCUGUAGCGUCUUGGGUCUUUAUUCCCAAGUCGACCCAACGGCGCGAUGGUGGGGCACAUGGACGUAGCGCAGGCGAUCCAUAUACGAACGGAACGCAGCUUCGAGAUGAACGUGCUCGAUCGAUACUUCCAAGUGAAACACGCUUGCACGAACCAUGCCAUGCAAGCACAGAAACAAACUUCCGAGAUGGAGAAUCGACGCCACGAUGCUGUACGAGCUAUCCAGCGCAUAUCAUGUCGGAUGAAAGCGAUAACGAGAUGCCCUCACCAGUCGGUCAUGGCCAUCGC